AGUCCUGAAAGAAGUAGUCUUGUAAGCCAUUAUAUCUUCACCCAGUUUAUUACCUAGCAAGGGAUAAACACAUCAGGAAAAACCAGGUCCCCCGACGUCGAUAAGCAAUUAAUGUGAAAUGUACAAUGGAGGUAAAUCAAGAAAUUGAAAUAAAUGACGUCACUUUGAAGGUCCAUGGUGAUCACAGGCAAAACAAUGUUCCUGUCAGUCUAGCGCUACGCAUCGGCACCAGAGACGGAAAAGAAACAGCAGAUGGCGCCAGGACAUUUCUCAAGCAUAGUGACGUCACAAAAACUAUCGCUGAGUAUGUGACGUCACAUACGUUUACCAGCCCGGAAAACCUUGCCGAAGAUGUCGCAAAGAUAACUAUUGUUGGUUUUCAAACCACUUGGGUUGAAGUCAGAGUUAGUGUGGUAGAAGAAAGACAGCAGUCGAUACAUUAUCCUGGCACAAUAAACAUAAGAAGAACAAGGGGAGAUUUCCCCCGACCCAUCGUUUUUAUAUCCCUUGGAUCAAACAUCUGUCCCGAUAAGAACCUAACAAAUGCUGUUAGAUUACUCAGAGAAAGGACCACUGUUGUUGCCGUGUCCAAGGUUUUUAUCACCCCGCCUCAACUGGACACUAACCAACCGCCAUACCACAACAUGGCCGUCAAAAUUCUAACGCCUGGCGACCCAUAUGAUCUAAAAAGGGCGUUGUAUGAUAUUGAGGACAAGCUGUUACGCGUGCGCGAUCCGCUGCGUAAGAAUGGGCCCCAUACCAUAGAUUUGGAUAUUUCGUUUUGGGAUGACGUCACAUUUAGCUUCACGGCGUUCAACAGAGACGCACUGGGAACUUCCGGGAAGACGACCUUAAGCGAUCACACAAAGGUCAAAUCGGGUAUAAAAUUACAGCAAAUCCCACAUCCGGACACCCUGAAGUUUGCCCAUACCAUUGUUCCUCUCGCCGACCUUGACCCAGAUUUUAAACAUCCAGUCGUGAUGAAGACGUUAGCUGAAGUUGCAAUGGAAGUGACAGGGCACGUUGACUUUAAGGGUGUGUUUGAAACUGCAGACUUUAAAAUUUACGAUUAA